AUGUCGGCUGCGCCCACUCCUUCUGCUUCGUCUCCGGAGGCAACAUCGCCUGCAGCAGCAGCUGGCCCUUCCGACGCGUCUAACAUGUCCGCAAUGGACAAGCUUGUGGUGGACUACUUGAAGUCUAGAGGACACGAAUCUGCUGCUUCAGCUCUCAGCGAUGCUCUUGGAGGUGGCCUGUCGACGUCAAAUACCCUUUCUGCUGAGGAACUGGUCAAAAAGAUGGCCGUGUUUGCCGCUUCGGAAAGCGGCGAAAACGCGUACAAGAGUUCUGCCAAUAUUCUGCAAGAACUCGUCGCGUCUGGGACAAGCUCGAACAUCAAGAGCUUGAUCAUGACUAUGGGGGACGGUGGUGCAGAGGACGCGUUAUCAUUGGACCCAGGAGACAAGCAGGAGGGCUUUCGGGACCUAGAGGCGUGGGUGGAGGGUUCACUGGACAUGUAUCGACCUGAAUUCCGUCCAAUCUUGUUCCCGGUAUUCUGUCACUUCUACCUUGACCUCGUACAUGGUGGGUUUAAGGAUGCCGCACAAAGGUUCUUUGAAACAUUCUCAGGGUCAAUAUCUUCUCAACGUGACUCACUCAAUUGGUUGACCGCGAUCCGGCUCCCUCACCAUGUACAAAGCGAUCAGCAUGCCCAGCUUUUCCGCAACCAGAAAUACACCAUCCAAAUGAGCCAUUCAGGGUUUGAUCUCCUCAUUGGGUGGUUGACGGAAGGCGUGGGUGGAGAGAGUGUCGGUGCUGGGGACGGAUUCUCGGGGGAACAAGGGAAGAGGGGAAGGGCGGCUGUCAUGCGUGUGGUGAACAACCACCUGAGUUUCAACGUAUCAUCUACAAGUGCCACAGCGGCCAAUACGUCAGUGAACUCAUGGGAGGAAUCCAACGGCAUCUUAACGCCUCUGAUACCGCAAGUACCGGGUGGUACCGCAGUCACAGACCCUCGCGCGUUCAAUACAGCUAGGGGAGAGCUCAAGCUUGGACCGCUCCCUAUCUCGGAGGACCUCGUUACAGAAACCGAGAAGGCGUUGCGCGACACAGCCAUGAAUGAUCGCGAUCCUACCGCUCAACACGACGCCUUGAAUGUGCGAAAUGUAGGAGCGCCGGGUCUUGUAGACCCAGACAUAUCCGAUCUCCCACCUCAUCCCCCUACCUUCAAGACCUCUGAUAUCGCCAAACAUGUCGCAAGAGUCCGUGAUCAGCGCAUGCGAAUACGACUGGACCCGUCAGCGCUGCAAUAUGUGGACCCGAGUUCGCCCCAAGGCAUGGCUGCAAGGUCACGAGCUCUUCCCAGCAUCUGCGCAUACACUCUACAUGAUGUGCCAGAAGGGUCGCCUUGCGUCACAUUCUCCCAGGAUACAUCGCUCAUGGCUGCCGGAUUUGAGGAGAGCUAUGUUCGUCUAUGGAACUUGAAGGGCGAAUCCGUGAACGGCAUGAAGAGUAACUUCGAAGUCAAGAGAGAAUCAAUAUCAGGCGGGAAGUUAAACGAGAAGAAUGGUAUGCCGACACGCAAACUCAUCGGGCAUAGUGGACCUGUUUACUCCGUCAACUUCGAUCCAAUGGGAGGUUCAGCGACACCUCCACGAUAUCUACUCUCCACCUCCGCCGAUGCUACCGCGCGUCUUUGGUCUCUGGAUACCAUGACGAAUGUUGUUGCCUACCGUGGACACCAGAAUCCUGUCUGGGAUGCGGAUUGGAGUCCACUUGGUAUCUACUUUGCAACAGCAAGUCGUGACCGCACGGCACGAUUGUGGUCUACCGAUCGUAUCAACGCUCUGCGGAUAUAUGCAGGGCAUCUGAGCGAUGUGGAUUGUGUACGCUUCCAUCCCAAUUCCUUGUACCUUGCGACCGGAUCCAGCGACCACACUGCGCGUCUAUGGGACGUGCAGAAAGGCUCAUCUGUGCGGGUCUUCAUUGGGCAUCAGGGCGUCAUCACCACCAUGGCGUUCAGCCCAGACGGUCAAUACCUAGCCACUGCCGGCGAGGAUCUCGCGAUCAACCUUUGGGACUUAGGUUCUGGAAAACGCAUCAAAAAGAUGACCGGACAUGUGGCAUCCAUUUAUUCGCUCGCGUUCAGCGGAGAGUCCUCGCUUCUUGUCAGUACCGGUGCAGACUGGACUGUUCGCUGCUGGGAUGUCAAGAGUGCUGGUGGCAUUCCAGACAAGCCCCACAUGAAUGGCCUGACUAACGGCGUCAUGCGCAAGGAACACGGUAAAGAGCGGCAGCCAGAAAGCAAAGAAACAGCGGAUUUGGUCGCGACCUUCCCAACGAAGCGCACGCCCAUGACGAAGGUUUAUUUCACGCCGCGCAACUUAUGCAUGGUCGCGGGCCCGUAUCAGCCACCGGGAGGAAAAUGA